GAGUACCUAACAUACUUAAGUUUAGGUAGCGCCUAAUAGGUAAGCAGGCAGUUAAAAUACUGCGGGGAGAGGAAAUGUUUUUCUUAGCUUUCUUUCUGUCAAAUGUUCUUAGCUGAACCGUAAUCUAAAUUCGAAAGUCACAAGUGGUCGAUUUACCUACUGAUUGUGCUGUGUUGUACAAGGUACUGUGUACCUAACGGACUAAGUCACUUACGGAUAAGCCUAGAGCGGUCAAGUCAGGCAGGAAUCCAGCUUCCGCUUGCAGACUCCAAUGCCGCGCCGCGUUGACCAUCGCAACAUCGUCAAUCAUUAGCAAGCAAAAUUCAGCACUUCUAAAGAAUAGCCAUCCCCUACAUUACUUGACUCCGUAUUACUGGCCACAUCGCACGUCUCUGGCAUAUAUUUUCAUUCCAUGUACUCUCUAAUCUGUACAUACUCUUUGUCCGCGCUUCUUAUUUGAGCAACAUUUUGCGCGCGAGGGCGACGGUUCUUUGUGCCUUUCCGUGCACGACUUCUUCGGUCCCCGCCCGCCCCCAGUUUGCACCUUUCCCUCUCGGCCAACCUCGAUCACUUCUCACGAUCCAUGACAAACGAUAUAACAGACCCGGCGGUAAAGCGCAAUGCUUAAUCCCCAGAUGCAGGGUGGCUGGGGAGUCGGCCAGAUGCCGAACCCGCCUAGCAACCCAUUCAGCAACCCGGCGUCCACCCAACCGGCCAACCCGUUCGCUCCGCCCAAGGUUAACCCAUUUUUGCAAGGACAGUCCAGCGGCGCAACACCCACGCCAAAUCCUUUCCUAGCAAAUUCUGCUCAACCUCCUCCUUCAUCGAAUUCUUCGAUGCUGCAGACCCUGACCCAAAUGGCGAAAGGGCGGCAUGAUGACUUCCGGAUGCCAAGUAAUAUGAAGAAUCCCUUUGAGAAGAAAAACGCGGACUCUGCUAUAAACACGAACGGCCAAUCUACCGCUCCUCCUUUUAACUUGAAGCCAAAUCCAUUUAGUGGCUCUAGUAAUGGGCAAUCUUCCAACACGCACAACCCGUUUUCGACGCCGACAACUAAUGGUGCCGAAGUACGACCUUCACCUUUUAGCCAACAUGAUUCAACACCUAAGCUCGAAUCAUUCGGCCGACCUAGCUUUACACAGACAUCCAACCCGACAACUACUUCCGACGACAUUUCCUCGAAACCAAACCCCUUCUUGAAACCAACGCCGACACCUACCAGUGAAAUCCAGGCCUCAGCUACGACUGGUGUCAAUGGACUAAAAAAAGCUUCCGAAUAUGUGCAACCAGCGUGGCCAAAGCCGGCACAAUCUACUAAUUCCACACCAACGAAUAGCACAACACUUACAAAUCAAGUUAACGGGAAGCGAAAGAGUGGUGAUGAUAUCCAGCGGAGGAAUAAAUUAUCACGGAAGUCGCCAGGCCCAGAAAAUGCCUAUAAUCAAUUCCAGUCCCCUGCCCAGGGUAAUAAGAAGGACACUUCGACUGAAAAGGACGUGCCAGGAAACCCGAAAUUCAAUCAAGAUCGAGAUGAGUUCGCUAAAAAGAUUCGAAACCAGUUAGCCAAGGAUAAAAUCAGACCGCCGCAAUGGCCCGAGAACCCAGGGAGCUUUGCCCAACGCCAGGCAAUAGAGCGUUUUCGUGAAACUUAUAAGGCGUACCGGGAAAGGGCGCGAAAGUCGCUCACGCGAGCUGGUCUGAUCGACGAUCCGGACAAAAGGCGAAGGCUCGACGAGGCGCUUGUGUUCAAGGGAAUCUGCGAGGAUAUGUGUCCUGAGUGGGAGCAAGUGACUCGUAUUGUCGAGCACGAUAUCAGAGGACCAGAAAAGAGUAGAGAUGAUAAUGGCGAUCUUGUCGCAAUACCCUCACUUAUGGUCAAACGACUUGCUCGUUCAGCGGCAGGGCAAGAUGCACCCCUCCCCAUGGACGUGCGAUCCGUUCGGACCCUCUGCCGCACUUUGGAUUAUUUGAUCGAUCUUGUUUCGUCGGAUGACCUAUUACCGCAACGUCAUAGUUUCCUUUGGGACCGAACUCGAGCCAUUCGAAUAGACUUCUCAUUCCAGAAGUACGCUAUGACGCCUGACGAGAUACUGGAUCAGAUUUAUUGCCUUGAGACCAUCACUCGUUUUCACGUUACGUCGCUUCAUCUUCUUUCUCAAGAUGGCUUCGCUCCCACGGACUUUUCGGAGCAACAGGAAGUCGAGCAACUAAGCAAGACUUUAAUCUCCCUAAUGGAAGUGUAUGACGAUUGUGCACAUCAGGGGAUCGAGUGUAAAAACGAGCCCGAGUUCCGGGGGUAUUUUAUAGUAUUCAAUGCCUACAAUCCGGCGCUCAUGGAAAGAAUAGAAGGCUGGGAUGUUCGGUUUGGAAACGCCGAAGGCAUAAAAUCCGCAAUAGCUAUCGUCCAAUGCAUCGACAAUAUCCGUAAAAUGCAGGGCCCUCUGCAUCCAGAAACAUACAGCCAACUGGCUAUUGAUGCGAUCUCGAUAUUCUUCAAGCUCAUCGCCCAUCCGGCAGUUUCAUAUACCAUGGCCUGCUUUGCCGAGAUACAUUUCAACAACGUGCGAAAAGGGAUAUUAAAAGUUAUGAGGAAAUCGUUCUCGAGGCCUCGGUUCGGCCCCAAAGACCUGACUCCGCCCGUUUUGAAGAAAUACCUACACACUGAUACGGAAGAAGAGGCAGUUGAGUUUUUCAAAAAGCAUGGUUUUCAGUUUCAUGAAGAUGGGUAUGCUAUUUUCUCCCAAAGCACGGAGUAUAUCGAUGCUCGAGUACGGCAUUCCUUCUCAGGGGACAUAGUAGAGCGUAAACGUUCUAGACGAUCCCUUCCCGACGUCAUUCGUACAACUGUCUUCGAGGAGAAUAUCAUGGCAAUAACUAGCUCAGAUGAAUCUUCCGAGGAAAGCUUAUUUGUCAGUGAUUCCCAAGACGUCCCCCCAGCGGAUAACAGCCGUCAAGGGCACGAGAAACCUGAUGGAUAUGGUCGCCAGGCAGAAGGCAGUCAACCUACCCCAUCUCCCGGCCCCCUGACCGCAGCAAGCCCAUAUGCUCCUCUGCAAACCUUUGGGAACCAUACUAUCACCAAGCCGACAACUACCGUUCCCUUUAAGCAGUCUCCCUCUCCACCACCCCCCAACACGAUACCUAUCUCUCAGGGGGUUUUUUUUACUCCAGUCUCCGCCCAAACUAGCGGAGGCUCUAGGACCGAACCCGCAAACUCCGCUCCUAAGGAACAGCAGCCUAGCUCGCUCUUUGCGCAAACAGGCAACCCUAUGACCCCUAGCACUACGAUCACCGACAACGAUAUUCCACGGUUGAAAUCCACCAUAACUGGUGCUAAUAAAAGUUCAAAUAAAGAUGGGAAGGAUUCCGACGCAAAUUCUAAGGUUAUAUUCGGAGGCAAUGUUUCAUCAGCACAAGCAGCCCAACCCACAGCAGGCGUGUCAGAUCCAAACUUCUUCAGUUUUCUAAACAGCGACAAAGACCUAUCGAUUCCACCGACUAAGUCUCUCUUCGCGAAUCUUGGAGCAAAAGCUUCCGACUCGUCGAACAAAGAUAGAUCACAACCCCCUGCACCCUCUAGUUUAUCUGCCACCCCAGAAUCGAUAUCAAAAUCCAUUAGCUCAUCAAAAUCUAUCAGUAGUACGGUUCAACCUACAACGGCCGGCCUUUUUUCUACACUCCCGCCACUCAUGAAUGGCACACCCUUAGGUACCUCUGAGGCCAGUAAACAAAGUUCCCUUGCAAAUCAGCCAUCAAUAUUUUCACAGCCAACCUCAAAUCCUACCUUUACAUCACAACAACCCCUUCCUAAAAGCUUUCCUGCUCCUCGAAGUACAGCCCAGAAGAACCCGAUGAGUGACUUCGCUCGUUGGUUUGUUUGUGCGGAUAGAGGGUUAAUGGAAACACAUCUUCAAGAAUUUGCAGUUACUCACAUCUUAAAGAGCAUUUGGGACGAGUUUCAUGCUGCCGAAGUUGAGCGCAUACAAAGGGAAGAAGAAGAAAAGGUCAAUGCUGAAGUGCGGAACUUCAGAGAGAACAGUCUCAAACUGAAAUACUUUUGGCGUUGGCAUAAUGGUUUUCGUAAACGUCAACGUAUUAGACGUAUGAAUCAAGAAAAAGAGAAAGCCAGUCAAUGGAGAUUACCUGAAAAUGUAGCAAAACGUGAGCGCGCUGCUAGGGAGAAGCAGAAUAAAAUUGUUCAGCAAACGACGGAUUCGAUGCUAAGGAGAAGCCAGCACAGAGUCGACGAAACGGCCCAACUAAGGGCAUCAACUAGGCUAAGUCUCGAAUGGAGAGGACGGGAAACAGCAGACACUCUAACAGAACUGCAUGUCCAAUCAUCAAGUCCGGAAUCACAGUCACGGAGCAUCGAAGAAGCACUGCUUGCUACUGGUGUUUUUAAUGGGGUGACAGAUGAAAGAGCAGCAGCUCGAUACGCAGCUAGGGAUUAUGAUACUGAAACCCAGGCGAAUCUGAUCCAGGAGAGGAAGAUGCGAUUAAGGGCUGAAAACAGGAGCCGAAUUGAACGCGGAGUCCAUCGGCUCAAAGAGCUGCCAGAGCCGAAGAUCUACAAAGAAGGGUCAAAGACAGCAAUGCUCAGGGCUCGCUGUCGCGGUACUGGUGGAGAUACCUUGUCCACAUCAACCGGGAGCCUUCGUAACUCAACUUUUAGCUCGAGUUAUCGCUCAAGUGUCGGCUAUAAUACCGGUCGAGUAUCAAAAUCCCGAUCGAGAGUUGCAGAUCCAUAUUGGACUUUGAAAGCCAGAGGGCUUGUCCGAAUGCCGAACGGCGAAUUCUUGCACGAGUCAAUAGCAUUGCCUAUGUUGCGAGAAGGGAAACGAAUUCCUGGCUUUGGAGAUUAUGGAUUACCAGCUGCCGAGGAAGCACCUCCCAGCCAGUCGCCGCCACCGGCACUAAGCAGUCUAUCUUCGCCAUUCAUACGAGCCGAUGAGUUAGGAGUAAGCCAGAUCAGCAGUUCACCCUCAGAGACCCGGAGCCAGAAGCGAAAACGCCGCGCAAACGAAAGCUCGCCUAUAAAUGGAAUUGAGUCGCCUGCCAAUACGAAACGAGCCAAGAGUGGAGAUGCAAAAACCAGCUCGCUUACAGACGCCGAUGAGCACCUUGCCGAUAUCGCGAAUUUCUUAGCAAUGGUUGAAGGGAGGGCCUCGGGACUUGGAAAUUCUUGAUGAGGCCUACAGAAGGGAGUUAGAGGCGUCAUAAUAAUAAUAAGUCGAGCAAAUGGAUAUAGUCAAUGGCAUAAAGGGUCAUAAUCACUCGAUGCUAUUUUGGAAAUGGCAUUGGCACAGGAUGCAUCCUUGGUGAACGUGAUUGGCAAGAGGGUAUCGAAGAAGCAGAAAAAGACACGAUAAUUGAAAAAGAAAUAAUUGUCUAAUCGAAUGGGCAGACGUGGACAGCCAAAUGGGAUUGUUGUUGUCACCGUCAUUAUCGUCAUCAUUAUCGCAUCAUUCAUGAAUCGGCGUUACCAGAGGGUCGUGCGAAAGAAGAAAAAACAUCAACCGAUACGAGACCAUGAUUUCUUGUUAUUACUAUUGCUACAACGGCUUCUUUUCAUACCGGGAUGAACCUUUCCGGCCGGCAAAGUUAGGCCUUUUAUUUAUUUAUCAAUUGUAUACUUGAGAUACCCGUAGGUGUAGUAGGGACCCGACAUUGCAUAGAAAAGGGGUUGGGUUAGGUUGGCAAUUGGGAAUUUAAAGAAUACAUACAUACAUACAUGUACGGCACAAUACACGGCAUGGCGAUGGGAUGGAUAUAUCUUUUUGAAUCUAACCAACUUUUGUUUGACGCUAUGUUAUGAUCUUGACGCUUUAUGUAUAAUGUAUAUUCGUCUAUCUACGUGAAAAAUUACACAACAGGGC